CAGGGAUAUAUCACCUUAAAGGAGCUUCUGCGCCUUCCUGUAAAAGAGAUCUACGGAUGAAUGAUGCUACCAACUGCGGAGUAGUUGCAUUCUUUUCUUUUCGUUUCCUUUCCUUGACCUAUCUAGCAGAACAGUCCUGUCAGCAAAAAGAAAAGAAAAAGAAAAGAAAAAGAAAAAAGAAAGAAAAAGAAAACAAGAAAUACAGCGUAAAGAAACGCUUCGGGGGGCAAUGACCCGGACGGUGUAGUGUAGCCACACUGUCCGCCGUGGGUUGAGUAAUAAUCAGGCGUUGAUGAUAAAUCCAUUAACCAUGUAUUACAGCGCAGACAGUCAAGGCCUACCAGCAAUGCCUCCUCCUAUUGCCGUCGCGGGAUGAACUACGACCUGCGCAGCUGACUGCAUCUAGAUUGAGCAGGUUCCUGGACCCUCUGUCUGGGUGCAGAAUCAUGAUAUCAUGGCUACAAAGAGUAAAACUAAAAUAAGGCUGGCAAGAGUAGUAAUAACAAUAUGGGCGCCGUACAGUAUAUAACAGGACGGCGGGUGGGAAGAGCCAGCCGGACCAGCGUGCCCCACCACCUUGCGUCUUCCUGUCCUUCUGCAGCUCCGGAGCAUUCAAAACUACCUAACCGACCCCUACGGUAACCUUCGGGGUCGGUUACGGUUCCCUGCUCCCCUCGACAGCUUCUCUCCACCUUCCUCCCUCUGCCUCAUCCACCCCCCUCUACUGUUUCUUUUUUGUCCAAUCUACCCGUGUUCAAGCUCCCAGUGACUCUACAAAUAUGGCGAGCCAACUAGCACAACCUUCCGAACUCUUCUCCGCUGUCACAGAGCUCAAGGACAACACAGCCAUUGUUGUCCUAGGCGCUUCAGGUGAUCUUGCGAAGAAGAAGACAUUCCCCGCCCUGUUUGGUCUUUUCCGCAACAAGUUUCUCCCGAAGGACAUCAGGAUCGUUGGAUAUGCCCGGACAAAGAUGGACCGCGAGGAAUUCCUCAAGCGUGUGCGGUCUUAUAUCAAGGUCCCCACCAAGGAAACCGAAGAACUGCUGGACAGUUUCUGCGAGCACUGCACCUAUAUCGCCGGCAAGUACGACGAGGACGAGCCGUUCAAGGUCCUCAACAGGCACCUCGAGGACCUCGAACAUGGCAGAGAUGCCCAGAACAGAGUCUUCUACAUGGCCCUACCGCCCAGUGUCUUCGUUACCGUUUCCGAGCACCUGAAGAAGAACUGCUACCCUAAGCAUGGCGUCGCUCGCAUUAUUGUCGAGAAGCCAUUUGGCAAGGAUCUUCAGAGCUCGCGUGAGCUAGCAAAGGCCCUCGAACCCAACUGGAAGGAAGAGGAGAUUUUCCGUAUCGACCACUACCUGGGUAAGGAGAUGGUCAAGAACAUCCUCAUCAUGCGUUUCGGCAAUGAAUUCUUCGGUGCCACUUGGAACCGUCAUCACAUUGAUAACGUCCAGAUCACAUUCAAAGAGCCUUUCGGAACAGAGGGUCGUGGUGGCUACUUUGACGAGUUUGGUAUCAUUCGUGACGUUAUGCAGAACCAUCUUCUGCAGGUCUUGACACUGAUUGCCAUGGAACGCCCCAUCUCAUUUUCUGCAGAGGACAUCCGUGAUGAGAAGGUGCGUGUGCUGCGUGCGAUCGACUCCAUCGAACCGAAGAACGUUAUCAUUGGCCAGUAUGGAAAGUCUCUCGAUGGUAGCAAGCCUUCGUACAAGGAGGACGACACCGUCCCUCCGGAUUCCCGCUGCCCGACAUUCUGCGCUCUGGUCGCAUACAUCAAGAACGAAAGGUGGGAUGGCGUUCCCUUCAUCAUGAAGGCAGGCAAAGCUCUUAACGAACAGAAAGCGGAGGUCCGCAUCCAAUUCCGCGAUGUGACUUCGGGGAUUUUCAAGGAAAUCCCUCGCAAUGAGCUUGUCAUUCGCGUGCAGCCUAACGAGUGUGUGUACAUCAAGAUGAACUCUAAGCUUCCUGGUCUAUCCAUGCAGACUGUCGUGACGGAGCUCGAUCUCACCUACCGCCGUCGUUUCUCUGACCUCAAGAUCCCCGAGGCCUACGAAUCUCUGAUCCUGGACGCUCUCAAGGGUGACCACUCAAACUUUGUCAGAGACGAUGAGCUCGAUGCGAGCUGGAGGAUCUUUACCCCUCUCCUGCACUAUCUCGAUGAGAACAAGGAGAUUAUUCCCAUGGAGUAUCCAUAUGGUUCGCGUGGACCUGCCGUUCUCGAUGACUUCACCGCAUCCUUCGGGUACAAAUUCAGCGAUGCAGCCGGUUACCAGUGGCCAUUGACCUCGACAGCUCCCACUCGGCUAUGAGGAGUUGGAAUUUCAAUGAUGGAUGAGAAGAGAAAAAAAAUUAUAAUGAAAGACAAAUAAUAAAAACGAGAAGCAUGUUAAAAUGACAAAGGCUAGGCGGUUCUGCAUGUUACUUUACUAUUGCAAUAUGGUGAGGGAAAUCCUGGGUUUUAACAUGGCAGAAAUGAAAUGAAAUAACAUCUCAAGAGACGCUAGUCGAGGAUAUUUUUGAUCUGCUAGAGCUGACAACUGAUCGCAAGCGAUGGGAUAUGGACAGGUUUUCUGCUUUCUCUGCUUUUCUGGGGUUAAUUCAACGAUCAUCAGAUAAAUAUGGUUGGUCUUUUACUAAAGGGUGGAUAAUAGAAAUGGCACCAAAAGCUCCAUUCAUUUGGAGAUAUCCGGA